UGUGACUGCUUCUCUCUUGACGACCGUGUAACAACCGCUGUCGGUCUAGAAGCUGUCUGCCGGGUUACACAGCAUCACAUUUCACCAAAACACAUUUGGGACGGCAUGAUAAAAAAAAAGAAAAGUCCCAAAAAUAACACCGUCUCAUCUAUUUUCGACCCUUUCCACUCUACCCCUGUGCUCCCAUCUUUGAUGCAAAACAAUAGCCGCUCCAAACCGCCCAGAAACCUGUACCCAAAACAAAAUCGUGACCCGUCAUGAACGUUAAGCAGCACCCGCACCGACAGCCGAGACCGCGGCGGCGGCGGCCCCCAAAGCAGAGAUCAUGAGGAUGUUCGGCUGGCCGGGCGUGUUCUGAGGGAAGCGCGAGUUGAACCCGAUGACGUCCCGAGCCUUGAUGAAGGAGGAAGGCGAGAUGCUCAGCUUGGAGGUGGACACCCUCCAGUUGACGCCCUCGCUGCACGGAGGGGUGGUGAGGGAACCGCUGUAAGCCUGGAACUGGCCGGCCUUGAGGAGGUCAACCACCUCGGACAUGACGAGAGGGGGAGUCUUGACCUUGGUGCCGGGGGUGGAGAUCUGGUCGACGACGCUGAAGAUGGUCUCGAGGAGGACGGUAGGGGCAUCGGUGCCGGCGACGGGGGCAGUCUCGUUGGCUUCGGCUUGUCUCUGGAAGAGGCGGCUGCGGGUGUUGAGGCCCCGCUUGACCGAGGCCGAGGCGACCGCCCCGGUAGCGAUGUUGAUGUAGGCGCCAACGACGGCGAUCUCUCCCUCGGCGGAUUGCCAGACCAUGUGCAUUUCCACUAUCGCGUCAUGUCAGCAACGGUUACAUGGGUGUUGCGCGGUACAAAGAAGGGAAAAAAAAAACUUACUGGCUUGACUUGUGCCGUUGUCCAGAUGCUCGCUGGGAAGAUGGAAGUGGAAUUGCUGCAGCUCAAAGGUCUUGUUGUCGAAAGAGAGUGUGCCACCCUGGGUGAUGACCUCGACUGUAGACCCGAGGUUCUCAAAGUCGGCACCCUCUGGCAUGUCGUUGACUUCUAUUGAGAGGGCUGAAGCAUCGAUCAACUCAAAGACGCUGUCCACCAUGUCGAUAGGCGAUUGUGUGGUGCCCGUGGCACAGACAUUGUUCGCGGGGCUGUCAAGGGCAGCCCAGUUGUGAGGGCCCUGAUAUGUGUGUCAGCUCAGGUUCCUCGCCUCCAAAAUGUGAGUGUCUUACAGUGAUGCCAGUAUACCCAAAGGUAGCUACUGGAACAGCUUCACCCUCCUCCGCUCUGGGCAUCAGGUGUGUUCCAUAGGCGCAAGAGGCGAAGACCCGCCCCGCCGAGGCCGUAAGGAAGAGGAUUUGAGAAAGCUUGCCCAUGUUGGAUUAUAUGUGAGGGCAGAGAGACACACAGGAGAAAGUGAAGAGAGAAGAGACAGGUCGAGGAGGACAGAAAGGGAAUAUAAGACUAGAGAAGGUACACACAAAGUGGAUAACAAUGUAUAAAAGUAUUACACAACAGAAGUGAAGAGAAGAAAACAGGGUCGCAGACCUCGAUAGCGGAACCAGAAAAAGACGAAAAAAAAACAGGAAAUGUACAAGACAAGAGAAGGGAAUAGUAGAUCGUACGAUGACAAGCCACGCUUCCAGGCGGGAGGGGGGUGGAUCUUUGUAUUUUUCGCUCUUGGGACCAGGUUACGGGGUCUCGGCGGGUAGUAGACCCUUUAACCGCAUAUAACGCCAACUCUGGGCAGACAACCUGCUGUGUCAUUCUGUUUCCUCACUGCCUCUGUCGAGGUAGCUGCCAAGUGGUUGGCGUUAUAUGCGGUUAAAGGGGCCGAUCAUUCUGCAGUCGCAACCUCCAGUGUUUGAGCCUUGGCCCCGAUGUGAAAAAUGAUAAGACCCUUGUCUUAAAGGAGGUGGCAGUCGGUCCGGGUGCUCCUCCGCCGGUGGAGCAGGGCCAGGGCGGCAGACGGAGCAGAGCUGGAUCACAGGGUAGCGUCUGUUGCUGCUGCCUCGUUUAUCGCCGGUUGUCGAGGGACAAAGAAGCUUCAUGAUUGUUUUACCAACCGACAGGGAGAAGGGGCCUCACGGAACACAUGUGGGGGGCGUUUGGAUGACAACCUUUUGCGCCAAGAAAAGGGGUCGAGGUGCAGUGACGAAGAACCCUGCCAGCGUGUUUGGGGUUCUGGCCCCUUGGCGCUCAGGCCAAGUCUGGGGAACCUCACUGGCCAAGAGAUGAGGCGUCUUGCCGCGCCGACGAGCUUCAUCAACUACGAUCAACAACAGGCCUGAAUAUCUGGCCAGCCACCACUCAUUUCGGGGCCAAAAACUUGAGAAACUUGGCCGUGGCUAGACCUGUUCAUCUCCAAUCGUUGCCUGUUCAUCCGACAUCUGCUCGGGGCUGUCAGACCUUACGGCGGGAGGUCGUGGGAUGACGCGCCAAGACAGUCCUCUGGUGACGGGCAAAUUGGAGAGUCCAAGACUGCCGCGACUGCCAAACAGCAUCAAGCUCAAAACGUAUCUGGAUUUUCCUCGGCAGAAUUGCUUGUUCGUGGGGGCAUUUUGUAAUGUGAAACAGAAAAUCCCCGUGGGGUUGCAGAAUCGACCGGGGGUUGGUUGCCGGCAGCAAAUGUCCGCGGGCCAACCAUCAUGGGUUCCCAGUCCGUCACCGACAUCAACCAUCAACAAAUCAAAUCUGCUGGCAAUCGGUCGCCUCUUGGGAAAAGGAGCAAGAGAUGAAUAGGAGCAGUGUGGAAUAUUGGCCGGUGACUUUGGUGAAGAUCUGGGUGUUUGAGGAGGUGCCAGCCGACUGUUUAGCGUCCAGCACUUCUGAUAACACCAGCCAAAAAGAGGCAGCGCCAACAGGAGACUUGCUUUCGGCUUGUUCCUGGGAUCCACCAGAGGUUGACGUUGGCGGCCCGAGCCCACCAAUUGCGGCGCAUAUAGCGAGGGGGAGCUGGAGCCGACGAGGCAAGUCGAAGCGGAGAGUGGUCGUUUUAUUACCGACAAGCCCCAAACCGUUUUCCAGGCCCGUCUUGUACGCGUCCACGGGAGCGGUGAUGAGGCUCAGUGCUUUGUUUCACUGCGACGAGACGGUCAGAAAAAGGACAUGGCAAGUGGAUCUAAGGUGCCGCCGGCAAAGGAGCGUGACAUUUGCUGCAACUUUGACCCUUGGUCUAGGAUCGCUGCAGUGUACAUAUCAAUGUCGUUGAAACGGGGUAGUUGAUGGUCUUGAUGGUCAAGAGACUCGAGACCUCGUUGCGGCGCGGGCUUGGACGAGGAAUGUCUCGCGUGAGCAGUUGCCUCUCGUGGCCCGUUUCUGUAAGUUACACGACGCUUUGCGGCGCGGGUGGUUGUUGAUGAAAAUCAGGAGAUGUCUGUGCUAAAAAUAUGGUGGUUUUUGAUCUACACGGUCUGUUGCCAGUCUGGGGUAAACCAAUCUAGAAGAACCAGGUGGUCUUUUAAGGUUUGUAAAUCUUACGUGGGAGAAUGACCAUGACGGUAUACUUAUCGGUUGGCGAGGACUGAUGCCGCGUUGUUUGUGUGAUGAUCCUUGGCAUCACUGCGUGGUGGUGGAGCGGGACGAGCUAGCAGUGUUCGAGGGGGGCUCGGUGGGGAAGAUGCAGCUGUGGGGGAUGGCGCAGCUGUCAGAGAUCAAUUCAUUUAUCGAGUGCAUACUGCCGAUCCAUCCGUCUUGGGGACAUUGGAAAUACCUACCUAGAUCAGAGAGUGUCGGGCUGAAUGGCUGUCAGGCUGAUGAAAAGGCAGAAUAGGUGGGGUGUUCAUUCCUCAGUUGUCAAGAGCCAGGCAGCAAUUCCGGCAAGCUGUUUUCUCAAUCCCGAGAGGUGAAGGGCCAAUUUUAUGUUUCUGUGAAGUCUUGAUGAUUGCUGACCCUCGACCUAUCUCGCCCUCUUACAAGACGGCUGAACAUGGCUGGCAACAAAGUCUUUCGAUGCCGUCUCGAAAGCUUUUAUUGCCGAGCGGCAGAUUCGAGCCUCUGCGCCCCGUCGUCGUUGCCGUAAUCGACCAGACCCGCCCGCUGAGUACCGAAAACAUGCCGCCCGCAUAG